CUUUUGCUCUUCCCGACCCUGCUGCACCCGAAAGAAAAAAAAAAAGGAACCCAGCCAUGCCUUGGAAAACCGGUGAGAAAGCUUGGUUUUUGGCAUUCUUUUCUUGCUCUAGAACAAGAUUGGAACCUAGAAAUUCCCCCCCUGCUGGAAAAUCCGGAUCUGCUUUGCUCUGUCCGCCAGCUACUCUUGUUGUGGGGGCGAAAUUCUUCAAAUUCUGCCUGUGAGCUUCUCCCCAAAUUCCCGCCGGCCUCUUCCCCCUGCCAGGUUCGGUGCUGCUGCUGGGAAAAUUCUGGUAUGUUGACAGCUCCAAGCCCGAAAUUUUAUUAGUUAAUUACUGCCCCAUAAGCUGUCCGAAUGUUUGCUAAAUUAGGGGAUAAUUUCGGUAGCUUUAGGAUGAGAUUUAAACAUUAAUUCAAGUGGGUUUUUGUUUAAUUUAAGUGUAAAUUGCUUGAGUUGGUUGCUGUGAUUUUUGGAGAGAAAAUCCCAUGAAUUAGCUAGUGUUUUGGCCAAUUUCGGAAAGGAGAUGUCUAUUUCGUUCCCGUACUGUAUCUGUUUUUCGUGAUUGCACUUGUUGGCAUGCUAUAAGUUUAAUUAAGGGCACUCCAUAUUUUACUUACUAAGUUUAUCUCAUAGUUUUCCUUAUCCACCAUUUUAGGAAGUGGAAUUGAGGACGGGGAAACCAUGGGAAGUGACGAGUUAGAAGGCUAGUCAUUUCGAGAUUGACAUAGAUUUUAGAUAUAGAUCCUGAUCUUGUAAACUGGAUUUUAAUUGGAGAUUUUAUAAAUUCAUUGAAUGGAU